UUAAAGUCAUCCGAUUUCAGUCUUCUGCAGGUUAACAGUUUCCUGGAUCCUGGGCAGGCUAACUCUUUUUGCCUCGAACCGCUGGAUUUUUCGCCGUAACGUUUCUCAGCUGUUGCAGAGGGACCACACGGUGGUUGGAUGAUCCUGGCACGGGUUCUCCUGCGCGUGCACCUCUGGGAUCGUCCCGAGGACAAUGAGCCCCUGCCGUAGGGUCGCGGCCGCCUCGGGCACGUCGUUUUGGGGCAAAAUACCAGCCAGGAGGAUGCGGCGGGCGGCACGGAGCUCGGGACCGCUCGUUUCCCUCGGGCUCUCAGGCAGCCGCGGUGGUUCGUAGCUGCGGUCUGGUGGAGCAGCUGGAUGUGGCCGUCGGGAAUUCGUGGCUGGAGGAGAUUUCGAGGCCCGAAAUCCGAGGCCCGAAAUCCGAGGACCUGAGGACCAGCGCAUCUCGGUGCACCGCAGCGUCGGCCGCUCCGGGAGCUGAAGCGAAGCCCCCAGACCUGGCUCAGUUAGGAGAGCAUUGCGACUUGAAGGAGCUACGAAGGAAGAGGAUCGGUCCUGUGCUGGUUGCUUUUGUUGUUUCUUCUCCGAGCUUGGUCCUGGAUUGUCUUGGGUGCUCGCUCGGCUGACCGGAGGGAUGCUUUGUGGGGCCGUUCAGCUCCUCUCCAUGCCCUGGUAGCGAGAUCCAGCACGCUGGGGUCUUCAGCUGCUCGUGUUUCUUCAGGCCUUGGCGGUUCCUCCUGCUUGCUCCUCAAACCUGCGUUCCCGUAGAGGAUUUACCAUCCUCAGAACCCCAAAAACACGCUGCUGGACCACGGUGGUCUCCGAGAUGGGGACCUCGGCCGCUGUCAUUCGUGAUGGGAGGCCACGGGCGCUGCUCCCGGCUCGCAGAACCGCUCCCUCCCCGCAUGGGGCAGCCAGCAAACCUGGAGAAAUGCGGGACAGCCGAGGCAGCAGCCAGCACAAGGAGCCCCUGGAUCAAAAAAAAAAAAGCAGAAGGAGGCUCACGGAGCGAUACGGCGCGAGCACGACCGACGGGAGAGGCCCUGCACCGCCUGAAAUCCCUUUGACCCAGCAAACGGUGCAGGGAUUAAAACCCGAACCCAACCCCACGCAGCCACGCUAAGCUGCGCAUUAACUGUGCCUGAGUCGGGAACAAAGGUUUGGGGGUGGUGUCGCCUUGGUUUUUUAAUUAUUUAUUCGCAAAGCAAAAAACAAACAAAAAAAAAAAACCCACCUCGGUGGAGUUGAGCAAGCCUCUGUGCGUGCGGGCUCCCGGCUCCUGCAGCCUUCCCACUUGGGCUGGGCGCGUUGCUGAACACGUGCUCGGCUCUCCGGAGGCUUUAAUCAAGCCCAGGCUUUACCAGAAAUUGCCUCGAAAACUUGCAGCGGGCCGGGGGAGCCGAAAGCAGCGGCGGAGGGGAGCUUUGGGCAGCGGGGCUGCUGCCCUCGGCGAGGGGCAGGAGGUAACGCCGGGCUGGGAGGUGAGCCUCGCGUGCUGCAGAGGGGAAGAAAUUCGCGCCAGAAACGCGUGAGGAUGCGAGCCUACCCAUGAGCUCGGAUUUCCAGCAUUACAGUUUCAGGAUGCCGAACAUCGGGUUCCAGAACCUGCCUCUCAACAUAUACAUCGUGGUUUUCGGCACGGCCAUCUUCGUCUUCAUCCUCAGUUUACUCUUCUGCUGCUACCUGAUCAGGCUCAGACAUCAAGCACACAAAGAGCUUUACGCCUACAAGCAGGUUAUUCUCAAGGAGAAGGUGAAGGAGCUGAACCUCCACGAGAUCUGCGCCGUCUGCUUGGAGGAGUUCAAGCCCAAGGACGAGCUGGGGAUCUGUCCGUGCAAACAUGCCUUCCACAGAAAGUGCCUCAUCAAAUGGCUGGAGGUGCGGAAAGUGUGCCCGCUCUGCAACAUGCCGGUGCUGCAGCUGGCCCAGCUGCACAGCAAGCAGGACCCCGGCCCCCCCCAGGGCCCCCUCCCGGGCGCGGAGAACCUCGUAUAGCUCCGCGCCCGCACGGACUUGCCCCGGCGCUGGGGUGGGGGGGUGGGGGGGUGGGGGGGGGGAACCCCGAGCACCCGGAGACGACAACCAAAGCACUACGGCACCAGCACGGAGCCAGGGCCGGGGACGGACGGACGGACGGACGGACGGGGAGCUGAGAGCACUUUAGGAGGGAGCGCGUCCCCCCCCCUCAUCCCGCGCUGGUCCUCAGAAUGAGGUUUUUUUUGUUUGUUUGUUUUUCACCCCCCCUCCCCGGGGUCCCGGGGCUGGGGCAGAGGGGGAGCGCCUCGCCUCGAUGCCCGUCCCGCACGCGUGUUCCCCCCCCCCCCGGAGCAUCGCAGCCCACAUCCACCGCGGGUUCGGUGGCAUCCGAGGGGGGGGGGGAUUUAUUUCUUUUUCCCCUCGGGGGGGGGGGGGGGGAGGGUUACGUGGGUGCAGCCCCGCCUCGGUGCCGCGUUUCGCGCUCUCUCUGCCCCCCCCCCCCCCGGGGGCUUCGCGCCGGGAUCCCCAAAGGGCUGAGCGGGGCAGGGAGCCGUGUCCCCCCCCCCCGGGUCGGGGCCCCGCUGCGCUCCGGUUCCCGCAGCGGCGCGCGAUGGGCUACCUCAGGGCUUCCUAAAACCCCUGCCAGGGCCGAGCCCCCGGUGUCACCGCCUCCAGCCCUCCGCACGGGCUUGGUGGAGCCGGGGCUGGGGGGGGGGGGGCGGGGGGGGCACAAAAAUCCUGCCCUCUCCGCCCGCUCUCAGCCCCAGGGGGGGCUCGGGGUCUCCGGGUGCAGCCGGACGCGGUGCCAAAAUCCCCCAACCCAAGCGGCCCGCGGGGCGCAAGCUGCUUGGGGGCGGGGGGGGGGGGGGGGCACAACGCCCCCCCCCCCCCCCCCUUUGCCUUUCGGGGCGAACCCGGGCACCCCCUGGGCACCCGUCCCCCUUCUCCUUGCAGCUCUCGGUCCCUUUUGGGGGUGUUGGGGGGGGGGGGGGGCUCUCAGUAUUACCCGGUGCCACAGCAGCGGCGCGGGGCUGGGCGCGCGUUUUCCUCCCCCCCCCCGUGUAAAUACCGCGCGCCUCCCCCAGCCUGUUUAUGGAGCGUGGAGCCUCAUAGACGUGUUUGUACACUACGAAUUCUGCAGCAGAAUAUUUUUUAAAACGUUCGCUGUUUUUUGUUGUUGUUGUUGUUGUUGUUGUUGGGUUUUUUUUGUUUGUUUUUGUUUUUGUAAGCUCUAUUUUUGUAUAUUUAAUUGCUAUUUUAAAAUUCUAACGCGUCCUUUUUGCUAAUCACACUAUUCUUAAGGAAAACGAGAAAAACAACAAAAAAAAAAAAAACAAACGGUUUUUGCAUGUGAUUUGACUUGAAAUGUAAAUAAAAGCAGGUUUUGGAA